AUGGUCACGUCCACACCGGGGUUCCUUCUGCUGCCGAUGCUAAUAUGUCUCCAGCACUGCGUUAACGUCCACGGAACUAAGACAGAAUGUGAGGCCAGCCAGUUUCAGUGUGGGAACGGUCGCUGCAUCCCGUCCGUCUGGCAGUGCGACGGAGACGAGGACUGCACAGAUGGCAGCGACGAGAACUCCUGUGUUCCAAAGACUUGCGCGGAGGUGGACUUUGUGUGUCGUAACGGCCAGUGUGUCCCCAAGCGGUGGCACUGCGACGGGGAGCCAGACUGUGAGGACGGGUCGGACGAGAGCGUAGAAAUCUGCCACAUGAGGACGUGUCGUGUGAACGAGUUCAGCUGCGGCUCCGGCUCCACCCAGUGCAUCCCCGUCUUCUGGAAGUGUGACGGAGAGAAGGACUGCGACAACGGAGAGGACGAGGUCAACUGUGGUAACAUCACCUGCGCCCCCAACGAGUUCACGUGUGCCAGCGGCCGCUGCGUCUCCCGCAACUUCGUAUGUAACGGCGAGGAUGACUGCGGCGAUGGCUCGGAUGAAGUGGAGUGCACCCCGUCCUCCUGCGGGCCCAGCGAGUUCCAGUGUGGCAACUCGUCGUGCAUCCCGGCCAGCUGGGUGUGUGACGAUGACGUCGACUGCCAGGACCAGUCAGAUGAGUCUCCGUCUCGUUGCGGACGUCACCCGACGCCGCCAGCCAAGUGUUUAUCCAGCGAGAUGCAGUGCCGCUCAGGAGAGUGUAUUCACAAGAAGUGGAGAUGUGACGGAGACCCUGACUGCAAGGACAGCAGCGAUGAAGCCAACUGUCCUGUGCGCACAUGUGGACCAGAUCAGUUCAAAUGUGAUGAUGGAAACUGCAUCCUGGGCAGCAGACAGUGUAACGGCGUCAGAGACUGCACCGACGGUUCAGAUGAAAUCAACUGCAAAAACAUGACUCAGUGUAACGGGCCAGAGAAGUUCAAGUGUCGCAGCGGGGAGUGUAUCGAGAUGAGCAAAGUGUGCAACAAGGCCCGAGACUGUCCCGACUGGAGCGACGAACCCAUCAAGGAAUGCACUAUAAACGAGUGUCUCCUGAACAACGGCGGCUGCUCCCACAUCUGCAAAGACAUGGCGAUCGGCUUUGAGUGUGACUGCACACCUGGACUGCAGCUCAUAGACCACAAGACCUGCGGAGACAUCAAUGAGUGUUUGAACCCAGGCAUCUGCAGUCAGAUCUGUAUCAACCUGAAGGGAGGAUACAAGUGCGAAUGCCACAACGGCUACCAGAUGGAUCCGACCACCGGAGUCUGUAAAGCUGUCGGUAAGGAGCCCAGUCUGAUCUUCACUAACCGGCGUGACAUCCGUCGUCUCGGCCUGGAGAGGAAGGAGUACACUCAGAUAGUGGAGCAGCAGAGGAACACGGUGGCUCUGGAUGCAGACUUUGACCAGCAGAUGAUGUUUUGGGCUGACCUGGGCCAGAAGGCCAUAUACAGCACUGUACUGGACAAACGAGGGGACACCAGCACCCACAACAAAGUGAUAGACAACGUCCAGACUCCUGUUGGGAUCGCCGUGGACUGGAUCUACAAGAACCUGUACUGGUCUGAUCUCAACACCAAAACCAUCUCUGUGGCCAACUUCAACGGGACCAAGCAGAGAGUUCUGUUCAACAGAGGCCUCAAAGAACCAGCUGCCAUCGCUGUGGAUCCACUGUCUGGGUUUCUGUACUGGUCUGACUGGGGCGAGCCAGCCAAGAUUGAGAAGUCCGGUAUGAACGGAGUGGACAGACAAGUUCUGGUGGCGACGGACAUCCAGUGGCCUAAUGGAAUAACCCUUGAUCUGAUCAAAGGCAGGCUGUACUGGGUGGACUCUAAGCUGCACAUGCUCUGCAGCGUCGACCUGAACGGAGACAACAGGAAAAAAGUCCUGCAGUCUUCAGAAUACCUGGCUCACCCCUUCGCUCUCACUGUUUUUGAGGAUCGCGUCUUCUGGACAGAUGGAGAAAACAAAGCCAUCUACGGCGCAAACAAGUUCACCGGCUCUGACGUCAUGACGCUGGCAAGCAACCUAAACGACCCGCAGGACAUCAUAGUUUAUCACGAGCUGAUCCAGCUAUCAGGUACUAACUGGUGCACAGAGAAAGGUGCAAACGGAGGCUGCAGCUACAUGUGUCUGCCCGCACCACAAAUCAACAAACACUCCCCCAAAUUCAGCUGCGUGUGUCCAGAGGGACAGGAGCUGGCUGCUGACGGCCGCUGCAGACCUGACCCUUCCACCAAAGGUCCCUCAAAGGAUGAUGGGAAAGCUCUUACACAGCCGCCCCCAGAAGCGAACGUGAGCACAUCAAUUCAGGUGAACUCCACAGCCAGAGGGUCUGCUGCUGCCUGGGCCAUACUGCCAGUCUUGCUGCUGGCGAUGGCAGCGGCGGGCGGAUACUUGAUGUGGAGAAACUGGCAGCUGAAGAACCAGAAAAGCAUGAACUUCGACAACCCCGUCUACCUGAAGACCACAGAAGAAGACCUCAACAUCGACAUCACACGACACAGCGCCAGCGUGGGACACACCUACCCUGCAAUUUCGAUAGUGAGCACAGACGACGAUUUAUCGUGAUCGCCUCGGCCUUUCUUUACGGCAGCCCGCAAUGUUGCAUGGCGCCUCCUUGUUCCCAUGCCGGCGGUUGUCCGUAGCAACAGCAGCAGCAGCCCUUACAGUACGACCACAUGCCUUCUGAAGUGCAUUAUGUCAUUAUCUGUGGUGAGGAUGGCCGGAGUAAAAUGUUAUUUAUUAUGUGAAUAUCACUAUGAAUUAUGUGUCAUAACUGUUUUUCCACACAGUACGUCCCAAAGUGUUAAGGAUUAUUUUUUUCUUUUCUUUCGGUCUUUAUUAAUUUCGAGCCUCAGCCAGCUUUCCGUAUGUUCGUCCCGUCCUCUUAAAGGAGUCAGACGCCACCUUUUUCACAACCGAUGAGAGAAACGCUGAAUUUCCACAGUGCCGUCGCCUCUUUCAGGGCUUUUCAUGUUUAAAUCGAGCAGGAAAGCUGACAAGAGGGCGUCAUGUUCCUCUGACCAAACAACUCGACUCUGCUGGACAGGAGCAGUCAGUAUCCGACACGUGUUUAAAGACAGCGCGAGAGGUCAAAGGUCCUUUUAGGAGAGAGGCGUUCACAGGGAAAGCUCGGUCUAAACUCCUGCCUCCUCCCACCCGACAGGCUCAGUUGUGUGAAUAUGUAUGUACGACCAUGUUUUGGUCAGUUAUAUCUAAAAGAUGUAAGUUUUCUUUUAUUCAUUUUCUUUUUUUUAUUCUUACGGUACCUCCUGGAGUGCAUUCUUACAAACUUUUUUCUCAAUCUGUGUUUAUAAUUAUUAUUAUUAUUAUUAUUAUUAUUAUUACUAUUAUAAUUAUUAUUGAAGCUGUGUAAGGAUCACCAUGGUUUCAGCAUUUGUAUACAUUGUACAUAUUUAUCAUCCCUCAGAGACAUGACCGUCAAUCAGGACUCUCUUCAAUGCACUUUGAUCAAAUGUUCCUUGUGUAAAUAAGAUUGUAUACAUUUGACUUGAUAUCAAUUUUUUGCUAUGGUUGGGCAUCGUACCAGGGUUAGAGUUCAGAUGUAUUUAACAAGAAAGAAAAAAGCAAAAAAACUCUGAACUGAAUUUGUUAAAAACUAUUUUGUAUGUUUGUGUGCUGUUGCUGUGAACUUUUUCUAGCCUUGUACAGUGAGGGGGAACAUUAUUAAAACUUCAAAGCUCUGUAUCUGUGAAAGAAACUGA